AUGGCAUUAAUUUACGCAAAUGCAGUUAAUAAGCGUAUGAAUAAUCCCAUAUCAAAGCCGAAGAAGAAGCACACACCACCCUGCGUUUUCUUAGAUGACAGCUCGGCUGGAAUAGCUAGGGAUGGGCGAAAAAGGAGUACGAGUCGUGAGACGACACCGUUACGAAAAACUUCGUGCAAUAUCCCUCCACAUUUGCAAGCAAAUCAUUCGAAUGCAGAAGCUGCUUUUGGGACGCAAGCGCCCUGCCAUCGGCCGGUCCAACGUAGCAAAACAAGUUGUGGUGAGAUGUCCAAUAAAGACCACGAUGACGAUGAUACUCCUCGAAAAACAUCGCAUCCGGCAAUCAGCCAGUCAGCCACAAGUGAUGCACUCUGUGGCAAACGAGCUCAGGACAAACGCGCUCUAGCGAAAAAAAGUCUUAUACAGAAAUACAAUCUUGAACAUGGCUACGACGAUACCGUGCGCAACCCUAACGCAGAAGAAAGACGGCGAAGCAUUAGUCUAGAUCCUGAUCAAUGGUUUGAGCAAGUCACAGGACAGGGAGAUAAGUAAGG